CUGGGGCGGAGCCUGCCGUCCCCUCCCGCGUCCCGCCGCGCCCUUCCUCCGGGCAGCGGAGGGACGAUUGGCCGCUGCCGCCGCCGCGAGCUGUCCUUGCAGAGCUCUUGUCCCGGCCGAGCGGGCCGCACUGCGCUCGGACGCCCGGCGCGUCCCGGGCCCCCAGCUGGCGUGGGACUGCCGGGCUCGCGCUUGCGCAACGCACGAGGGGCGCGGGCCGGGACCACCCCUCCCCGCGCUGGCGCUUGCGCGGACCGAGCCCUGAGCGGUGGGCGGGCGCCGUGAUGAGCCUCCCGCUGCUGCUGCUGCUUCUGCCCUACUGAGGAGGAGACCCGGCGGCCAGAGGAGCGCAGACCGACUGCGCCGGGCCGGGCCAUGGCGUUCCUGGCCGGGCCGCGCCUGCUGGACUGGGCCAGCUCGCCGCCGCACCUGCAGUUCAACAAGUUCGUGCUCACCGGCUACCGGCCGGCCAGCAGCGGCUCGGGAUGCCUGCGUAGCCUCUUCUACAUGCACAACGAGCUGGGCAACAUCUACACGCACGGGCUGGCCCUGCUGGGCUUCCUGGUGCUGCUGCCCAUGACCCUGCCCUGGGGUCAUCUGGGCAAGGAUGGCUGGCUGUGGGGCACACACUGUGUGGCCUGCCUGGCACCCCCUGCAGGCUCUGUGCUCUAUCACCUCUUCAUGUGCCACAAAGGGGGCAGCCCUGUGUACACCCGGCUCCUUGCCCUGGAUAUGUGUGGGGUCUGCCUCGUCAACACUCUCGGGGCCCUGCCCAUCAUCCAUUGCACCCUGGCCUGCAGGCCCUGGCUGCGCCCAGCUGCCCUGGUGGGCUACACCGUGUUGUCGGGUGUGGCUGGCUGGCGGGCCCUCACCGCCCCCUCCACCAGUGCCCGGCUCCGCGCCUUUGGUUGGCAGGCUGGUGCCCGCCUCCUGGUGUUUGGGGCCCGGGGAGUGGGGCUGGGCUCUGGGGCUCCAGGCUCCCUCCCUUGCUACCUGCGCAUGGAUGCGCUGGCCCUGCUUGGGGGACUCGUAAACGUGGCCCGCCUGCCAGAGCGCUGGGGACCAGGCCGCUUCGACUACUGGGGUAACUCACACCAGAUCAUGCACCUGCUCAGCGUGGGCUCCAUCCUCCAGCUGCACGCUGGUGUCGUGCCCGACCUGCUCUGGGCCGCCCACCACACCUGCCCCCCGGACUGAGCCAUCUCCCACCUGCCAUGCUGGUCUGCCCGGUCUUCUAGGGCCAGCGGCUCCAUGCUUCCCUCCUCUGCUGGUUUGCAAGGGGCUGGGAUGCUUCCAGCAAACAGAACUUCCUAGUGGGAGCCCUCGUCCGUUCAUCCAUUCUUCCCCAUGGAUUGACCUCUUCUGCCCACACCUUGGAGCUCCAGCUCCCCCCUCCUGCCUUCUCCCAGGGUCCCGUCUUACUGUGUGGGUUGAAAGGAAACCUCUCCUUCUCUGAGCCUCAGUUGUGACCUGUGAGGCCUGGGCCAAAGGGGCUCUGGGGUCAUGCCUUGCUCUGACGUUUGGGAUCCUUGCUUAAGGCCCCUCCUGGAUAUGGCCCGGCCUCCAGCCCAUCCUUCCUGACCUGUCUUUCCGUCCGGCACGCCAGCCCUCCCAGCAGCCAGAGGCUCGCCUGUCCAGCCUCUCUUCUGUCUGGACUAUGGAGCAAGGGGUCCGGGUGGCCGGACUAGCCUCUUAUCCCAGGACUGAGGGACAGGAGGGCGGCUGCUCUUUCUAGGCCACGGGCACAGAGACAUAAACAGUGGGAUGGCCCUGGCCCCGGGGACCCCUGGGCUGAGGGCCCACGCUCCUCCUUGAGUGCUCUGACAGCUUGACCUGCCUGCCAGGGACGUGCCCACUCAGGAAAUCUCUGCUCCACACACCGUGUGGUUCCCGGCUCUAGCCUGGGGCAGAGCUCAGCUUCCGCCCGGCCCGGGCGCCUUGGACCCUAGGCGACAUCAGGCAGCGCCGUGUUGCCAUGCAAGCGGGCUUGGGUGCUCCCGAGAUUCAGAUACAUUUUAUUAGAUGUGGCCAGAUAGAAGGGACCCCUGGAGUUCCCAGAGGGACCCCAGGCUCCAGGAGGAUGGAGGGGAGGGGCUAAAAGGUUAAAAGUGCCCAGCCUGGGCCUCUGGGCUCAGCUGGGGCCCAGUGAGUCCUCAAACAGGCUGAGGAGGUUCCGAGGCUCAAAGGCGGGGAAGGUGCCCCGAGGUGGCUCUGAGUCAAUGUCACUUAGGUCCAGAGCAUCCCUGGGUGGGGGGGGGGGGAAGAAAAGAGCGAAGUGACUCUUGGGAUCCGAGAGCGCCCCCGCCCUCUCCCCAGGACCCCGCCCUGCUCACCUCAGCACGUACCUGCUCCGGGGGGCAGGAGAGCCACCGUGGGGGGUGGACGUGCUUCCAGUGGCCCGGGCCAGGAUGGCCUCCGGCGAGAGCGAGGGCCUGCAUGGGGCGGGCAAGACAGGCAGGGUGUCGGGUGGGGAGGGCCUGGGAGGUGGGAGCAGCUGGCAGGGGCCUCGGAGCCCGACAGGGAAAGGGUGGUGCCCACUGAAAGAAGCACUUAAUCUAGCUGACCGCACUCGAAGGCCACCUCUGCCCCUUUUCAGUGCACGUGGGCUCUGACGGGGCUGGCUGUGAAGUGACCUGAUGGUAAAUGCAGCUCAUCUGUCCAUUUGAGUCCUCUAUAAUGUGUCCCCAGGGCCAUGGGGUGACUUUUGUCAGGAAGGGGUUAAUGACCUGAUUCCCCCUGCGAGCUGUCUGCGGGCCGGGCCGGGCCGGGCCGCGUGCUUUUCCUCUGCAGGAGGUUCUUAAUUACAGCCUCUCACUUGGCCACCGGGCACCAGGACUAAGGGAUUCCUCCCAGAGGAAGGAUGAUGCCUGUCCUUGGGGACAGGCAGCCUCUGCGGGGGUGGGGGCUGCACCAUCUUGCCUUUCCCAGCAGGCACCGCGGCCCGGGCACUGCUCCCUGGCAUGGCAGCACCCUGAGCAAGAGGUGGCCAGUCCCACUCUGCUCUGUGCAGCCUAGCUGCAGGCACCCAGCUUAGAAGAAACAGCUGCAUUCAGACCGAGCCAGGCCUCACCCCCACCAGCCCUGAUUCCCUGUUUGCGGGGGUGGGGGCCAGGUUGGCGGGAGGGGUCCCAGCUCACCACUGAUGCCCAUGGGCUGGGGCCUGGGCCUCGGGUGUGGGGUUGGCUGCCUGCCCGAGCCAUCACCCACCCUAUGCUGUCGUCAUCCCAGUUGCUGGAGAGGCUGCUGUCCAGGAGGAGGCUGCAGGGCGGCGAGCCAGGCGGGGUGGCCGGCGGACCUAGAGGCUGCAGCCAGCUGGCGGGGUGAGCCAGCCCGUGCCAGAGCCAGCAGAGCAGGGCGAGCAGGGCCUGUGGGGAACAGGGGGCCGAGGGAGGCUGGGCAGGCCCUGGGGCCAGGGAACAGAGCAGGACAGGCUGCCACCUCUGCCAGCUUACCUGCCACAGGGCCCACCCUCGGCUGAGGGCUUCAGCGGCCAUGUACCACAGGACGCUCCAAGGCCGUGGCUGCCGGAGCAUGGGCAGGGCCAGCAGGGCCUCGGCUGUGGCCCGCAGCUUGGGGUCAGGUUCCAGCAUCAUGACGAGGACAGACCGCAGCUCAGAAGACAGGCCUGUCCCGGGGCAGGGCCACAUCUCGAGGGACUGGGCCUUGAGCCCCUGGGUCCCUCCCACCCAAGAGCCUCGCCCGCGACUCACCAGCAGUGAAUUCGGGGGGCAGGUAGCCCUGGCGCAGCUGCUGCCAGCCCUCCCCACCAUGGGGCAGCUCCAUGUUGCACGCCACUUCCAAGAUGGUGAGGCCCAGACUGGGACAGGGACAGAGGAGGGGCUGGGCUGACCUCAGGACACAGAAGGCAGAGCCCCAGACUGCCCCCAAGAAGGUGGGAAAGGAACCGGGACUGGCCCUCUGUUGACGCGGCUGGAACUGCUCUCAGAGGCAGAGACGUGGUUACCAGCGGGGACCGUGGGACCCAGUGCCGGGCCCAGUCCUAGCUUCACUGCUGCUGCCCUUGGACUUGGGGACAGUCCCUUAAUCGGCUGGGCUCCUUCCCAUCCCUCCCAUGGAGGUGCGCUGAGAUGGGUGAAGCUCACGAGGGUGCGCUGCUUUGGUGGCCUAACUCUCCAGACUCCCCUCCACUAAAGGGUAAGACCUCCAUUUGUCGGGGGCAGUGUCUCCCGGCCCAAAGCCAAGUCUGCCUGACCUUGGACCAAGACGGCAUCCCUCUGCUGACUCUCCCCACCCCCCCAGUCCCCAGCCCUCACCUGAAUACGUCGGCCGCUGUCCCGUAAGAGCCUUGCAGCAGCUCGGGGGCCAUGUAGCGCGGGUCUCCCUCCUGGGCCUCGCUGGCUCCAGAUGCACCCAGCUCCACCAGCAACCCAAAGUCACCCAGCUUGCAGCGGCCCCGGGGCCCCAGGAAGAUGUUGGCAGGCUUGACGUCAAGGUGGACCAGGCCUUGGCCAUGCAGGUGGGCCAGGGCCAGCAGGGCAUCCCUCAGGUAGCCCCAGACCUGGGCCUCGGGCAGGCUGGCACCCCAGGCCUCGCAGUGCUGCUGCAGGCUGGGCCCACACAGCUCCGUCUGCAGGUACAGGAUGCCGCCCUCCUCCCAGGCCUGUUCCAGCCGCACGCAGCGCGGGUGCUGCCCCACCUUCUCGUGGCCGCAGACCUCGGCCAGCUUGCGGGCCCGGUCCUUGGGGCCCCGGAAUGGGGACAUGGAGCGCUUCACCGCGUAGAGCCGGCCAUCUUCCUUGGAGCGCACCUGCGAGGGAGGGGCCCAGAGCACUCAGAUUCUGUCACGAUGUCACACGUGCGGCCUGGCACCCGCCUCGGAGAGCCCUGCACGUGUAAGAGCAGACCUGGACAAUGCUCCCCGGCAAGGGAAGAGGCAGGGCAGGGCUCUAGGUACCGACCCAGCGGGAUGCCCUGGAUGCACUAAGUGAGAAAAGCGGGCUACAGGCCACUGCAGGCGGUGUGAGCUGCUGUGCCGCGUGUAGAUGGGGUCGUCUCUGUACCUGAGAAGCAACCCGGUUUCCUCCAGGAAGGAGAGCUGACCUAGGCGCCUAUGUUUGUACUUUUUAACAAAACUGUCUUCAGGUGGUACUUGUGUAAGGAAAACUACCAUUUUAAAGGAAAUAUAUGUGAUGGGAAAAUAUAUUUUAAGAAACAAAAA